AUGACCACCACUAUCGAUAACCACCGUGUCAAAGAAAACAUAAAACAAGCCUACGACGACAUCGCCAACAAAUACCUAACCUGGACCGAACCAACCCACAAAGUCCGCCUCACCUACCUAAACAGGCUCCUCCAAAACCUCGAAACAGCAACCAAAGCCACCCAAGCAACAAUCCUCGAACUAGGCUGCGGAGCCGGCGUCCCAUGCACCCAACACCUAGCCUCAAACCCCAGCUUCAAAAUAACAGCAAACGACAUCUCGUCAUCCCAAAUCGAACUAGCAAAACAAACCCUGCCGGACUCGGUAACCUUAAUUCAAUGUGAUAUGAUGGGCCUUGAAUUCAAACAGGAAUCUUUCGACGCUGUGCUAGCCAUGUACUCAAUCAUCCAUUUACCACGCGAUGAGCAGAUUACCAUUCUCACGAGGAUCUUUGGGUGGUUGAAGCCUGGAGGUUGGAUUCUGGCUAAUUUCUCCGAGGGGGAGUUUGAUAGUUCUUUUGAUGAGGCUUGGUUGGGGGGGAAGAAGGGGGUUAUGUAUUGGAGUGGAUGGGGGAAGGAGAAGAUGAGGGGGAUUCUUGGGGAUGUUGGAUUUGUUGUUAAGGUUGAUGAGGUUGUUGUUGAUCAGGAGGAGGUUGAUGGUGUUCAGUGUGAUUCUGCUUUUCAGUGGGUUUUAGCUAGGAAAGUAUGA